AUUGUAAAUUUUGUUUGUUUUACUAUUUAAAAUAUAUCAAUAUUCUUAUAAAAAUAUUAGACUUAUACCUACUACAAAAUGGUGAUUUACAAUACAGAGUGUAAAAAAAUAAUUUUACGUCGAGAUUGGCCAACAUAACGAUGAAAAUUUUUUGUGCGUGAGUAUUUUCUCUCUGUUCGCAUAAAUCGCAAUUCUGUGCUUGAUAAUAAUUAAAUUACAAUAUAACUUUUCCAUGUAACUUUGCUCUUCCCCUCCCCCAUCGACCGCAAAAACCCCAGCAUCAGGAAUGUUUGUGACAUCUCCCCAGCAUUAAUUGUGUCUGGGAGAAAUAUCAUCUUGCACCGAAUUAAAAUGUUUGGGAUGAUAAGGUAAUUGUAUGUAUUAUGUGGAGUAUGAGGAGAGGAGAGAAAAGGAAUGUGAUUAAGAAGGAGAAUAUUUUGCGAUAACCUUCGAUUGUCAUUACAUUGGGCAGGGUAUAAAUACGGAGGUGGUAGCAUGGUUUGGGCAUCAGAGUGAAUUUUGUGUUGAAUCCACAAUGAGAUCCAUCACAAUUUUUGUGCUGGCCUGCGCCACACUGGCCCUCGGGUACGUCGUACCAGGGACGCAAGUUAAGUACGCCGACAAGGAGUUCCUGUACAAGCAGAAGGCUCUCUUUGAAGUUCUGCAGCACGUUCAUCAGCACGAAAUUCACACAACUCUCUGGGAUGAGGCCAAGGCAUUCAAAUUCGAGGACUAUUUCGAUCACUACACCAACGUGACUGCCGUGAAGGAGUUCUACGCCAUCUACAAGUACGGAAUGCUUCCUUUCGAUGAAGUAUUCUCUGUGCUUGAAGACAGCCACAAAUAUCAGGUAAUCUCGCUCUUCAAUGUCUUCUACUACGCCAAGGACUGGGAUACAUUCUACAAGAGCGUUGUAUGGGCACGUUUCCACGUCAACGAGGGCAUGUUCGUCUACGCUUUGACCGCUGCCGUUCUCCAUCGUCCGGACUUUGCUGGUCUUGAACUUCCAGCUCCAUACGAGAUCUACCCCUACUACUUCUUCAGCAGCGAUGUCAUCGCUCAGGCCCAGCAAUACAAGAUGCAAGGUUUCUAUGGCAUGAAGAAGGUUGAAGAUGUCUACACUGUGAUCAUCCCAUCCAACUACACUGGUGCCUACGUGCAUACAACACCUGACCAGAAAUUGUCCUACUUCACCGAGGAUAUCGGCCUCAACAGCUACUACUACUACUACCAUAUGGAUUAUCCCUUCUGGAUGGGCGGCAAGGAAUUCGGACUGUACAAGGAUCGUCGCGGUGAGAACUACCUCUUCUUCUACCAACAGAUCUUGGCUCGCUACUACCUUGAGCGUUUAUCCAAUGACUUGGGCCACAUCCCCGAAUUCAGCUGGUAUGAACCCAUCUACACUGGCUAUUACCCCAACCUUCGCUAUUACAAUGGUGCUUACUUCCCAUCCCGCCCUAACUACUUCAACUUCUACACCGAGGAGUACUACUACGACAUUGACACUCUGUGGAGCUAUGAGCAGCGCAUCCGUGAUGCCAUUGACCUUGGCUUCAUCUACCUACCCGAUGGAACCCACGUUGACCUUACCAAGCCUGAAUCCAUUGAAUACCUUGGCAACUUAAUCCAGGGCAACCCUGACUCAGUCAACACACGCUUCUACAAAUACAUUGUACGAUUCGCCAAGAUCCUCCUCGGCAACACCUAUGACUUCUUCGGCCAAUAUAGCGUUGUUCCCAGUGUGUUGGAGCACUUCGAGACUGCCAUGCGCGAUCCACUCUUCUACCAGUUGUACAAGAAAAUCAUCAAGUUCUACUGGCAAUUCAAGGACAAGUUGCCACCCUACACUGUUGAGGAGCUCUACUUCCCUGGCGUCAAGAUUGAGGGUGUUGAGGUCGACAAGCUCGUAACUUAUUUCGAUAAGUUCGAUGCUGACAUUACCAAUGCCGUUGAUAUUGAGGUGUAUGAUGAGAAACUCCCAGAGUCUCAGCUGAAGAAAUUCGGCAAGAUCGCCCACUACCAAGGAGAGGACUUCGUCAUCAAGGCCCGUCAGUCUCGUCUCAACCACCUGCCAUUCACUGUCAAACUGACCGUACAGUCUGAGAAGGCAGUUAAAUCUGUUGUCCGUAUCUACCUUGGCCCCAAGGUUGAUGAGUACGGCGUUGUUUAUGAUGUCAAUGAGAACCGUGAGAACUUCUUCCUCCUGGAUGUCUUCCCAUAUGACCUCAGUGUUGGCAAGAACGUAAUUGUCCGUGACUCCGUUUACUUUGGCCAGUUCGUCAAGGACCGCACCACAUACUUCGAUCUUUACAAGUGGGUGAUGACUGCCUACAAUGGUGAGACGAAAUUCCCUCUGGACAUGACUGAAGCUCACAAUGGAUUCCCAAGCCGUCUGAUGUUGCCAAAGGGCAAGAAGGGUGGCUACCCCUACCAGUUCUACUUCAUCGUUUCUCCCUACCAUGCACCAAGUGUACCGCAGUACACUGGCUAUGAUCACUACAUCACAGCUGGCGUUGGCAGCGGUGCCAAAUACGUGGACUCCCUGCCCUUCGGCUAUCCAUUCGACAGGAAAAUCAACGAGUACGUGUGGUACACACCCAACAUGUAUUACCACGACGUCUUCAUUUUCCACAAGAAGGAAGCUGAUGUCAACACCGUCUACUAAUCACGAUCCGUUCUAUCAACAUCACAUCAUAAUGAACAAGCAAAUAUAGAUGAAAAAAUACAAAAAAAAAUUACUCUGCGUUGAUACCACU